GGGUAUCCCCGUCUCUUUCGCCGCGGAGCAAGUGCGUCCGGAGAUUUGCUGACAAGCGGGUUUCGAUUUGAAUUUCGGUCUUCGGCUAUCGCUUUUCGGGAUAUUCGUGGGUUUUUACGUAUGCAAGCCGCGUAGUUUGACAUUACCGUUGUCUCGACGCGUCAUAAAACGUGACCACGCCCCCUCCUAAAACCUAGACCUCCCAAAAGCCAUCGUCGGAUUACCCGCGGAAAAUUUCACUUUGCAUCGAAAGCUGGUUUCUGCAUACAGACAGCAAUUAGCGGAGGUCCCACUGUGCCCACCGGACUUGGACUCGAUUUCCUAAGCCGACAUUAAAUGGACUUCCAUUUCGCAUUAGAUUUGUGUAGCAUUGAGGUUCUCGAGCGUGUAAUUAACAUAAAGUUUUACCCCCGGCUGGCCUUCCAUUAGAAACUGCCAUAAAUGCAUAAGAAUUGUGCAGUGAAGUCCAUUCAAAGACUUAAUUAAGAAUUAUUAAUUAUUUAAUUACCCCUUGCUCAAGCCAAGGUCGUUGGCCGUUGGCUGAUAAAAUGCGAUAUUUUUCAGAAGUUUUACCUCUCACCGGCCACAGACAACUGGAAAACAAACUAAUCAAAGAAAAAAUCGCAUAAAUAAUUGCAAGAAAAAACCGAAUGCAAACAAAAAAGCAAACCUCCAGCCAAGAUAUAUUAUGUGCUUUCGUGUUUAUAUAGCAAAGACAGAGAUUCAAGAAGAAACCCGUCUGACCCGUCUACCCAAAAAACAAUUUCUCGCUCUUGACUAAAUUCGCCAGCAAAGCCAUCAAUAAAGCGUAUACGCAACAACAAAAUGCAAAUACUGGACAACAAAUAAUUUAACGAUAAUUUACAAAACGCCCGUGGCAAAAACAAAAGAAGCAACAAGUUUAAUAAGAAACCAGUCAAAUUGCGAAUUACAAAUCCAACAACACUUCGGAUAAGGUUUUUUGAGGAGUAACGAAAAUGUCUCGGUCGGCGUCGACGUCGACGUCGCUGCUUCUCGGCCGCAGCAUCUUUUUCUUCGUCACCAUCUGCGGCUGCUGCUUUGCACAAGACUCUUCCAGCUACUACUUCCCGUCGCAAAACCGAUUCGUGCCAUCGUCCGGAUCCUUUCCGCGCCAGCAGCCGCAGUCGCUGAGUGGAUUCCGAGCCAGUUCCGGCGGAUUCUCCCCCUCCCCGGGUUCCUACCAGGAGCAGCUCCUCUUCAUCGCCAACGAGAACGCCAAGCAGUCCCCUCCAGCGUCCAGUUCCCAGUUUGGGUCUCCAUUCGGUGGUAGCUCCCAGUUUGCGAAACCGAAUCGCCAGACGGACUAUUACGAUAUCUCGCCACGCCCCUUUGGGGUGCCGGCGGCAGCGGGAGGGGCGGGGGGAGUGGCAGCGGGAUCUGGUGCAACGUCCGCAUCGCUGACCAACGGCUUCACACGCGCCAAGGCGAUACGGAGUGGAUCGGCAUCUGGAUCUGGAUCGGGAUCGGGAUCGGGAAACAGCUUGAGCGGUGGCUUCCAGCCGCAGACGCAGCGCAUCAAUGUGCCCCACCAGCAGACGCAGUUUCUGGCCCACUUCAGCGAAAAUGGGAACGAAAAGCGUCCGUCGAGCAGCAGUCGGCCAUUUGGCAACGGGGGCUUCUCGCCCUCCAGGACACGGACUCAGGCUCCGGUCUCGGCCCUCCCGGAGAAUCCAGCCACUCCGGCGGUCACUCCUUUUAGACCUCGGAAUCGCUACCAACCCGGCAGCUCCACUGCAUCCACCACGACCACAACCACUGGGAGUGCGGAGGUGAGCAGCAAGCGGUUCAACCGCUAUGGCAGCAACCGCGCCAAGUCCACCAGCACCAGCACCACCUCGACCACCCAGAAUACUCCGGCGGAUCGUCCCAGUUUCGGUCGGAAGUCGCCGAAUCCCAGGCGACCCGUCUUCAUCAGCCGCGAGGUGAACGAACCAGUGAGCGUGGUCAGCAAGCGACCCUUCAACUACAGUGCGGCCCGGCUAAAGCUGCCGGCCAGACCCACGGCGCGAACCACCAGCACCACCGAGAGCGCCGAGGAGGAGGAGGAGGAGCAGGAGGACGAGGAGCAGGACGAGCAGUACGAGGAGGAGUCCGACGAGGGAACCGAGGAGUCCUCCAGCCUGGAGAAGCUGCCGCUCCAGGAGGAGAGUGUGACCCCAGUGACCGUGGAGAAGGACGAGGCAUCCUCGCCGGUGGAACCCUCCGAACUGACCACCGUUUCCGAGGUGGAUCACGAGAGCAGCACCAGCAGCACCGAGGAGAGCCAAACGGAUGUUUCCGAGGUCACCAACGAAGAGGUUGAGGUCACCACUUUGGAGCCGGCUCAUGAGGAGGAGCUGCUGGAAGAAGCCACCACUGUUGUUCCCCUGGAGAACCAGUCCACCGAGGAGCUCCACGUGGAGGAGCAGAUCGUGACCACUGAAGAGCCAGUGGAGAGCACCUCCAAACAGGCAGAGAUCGAGAAGGAAAGGGAAGAGGAGGUCCCACCGAAACCGGAGGAGAAUGCAUCCCAGCAGGAGGAGCCCAAGUCCUCCAAGCAGGAGGAGCACAGCACGUCCAAGUCGGAGGACCACAGCGAGAAGAAGCCGGAGGAUCACUCCGAAUCCCAGUACGAUGACGAAGGCGAGGGCGAGGACUACGAAUACGACGACGAGGAGGGAGGCGAGGACUCGACCAGCGAAGUGGAGAGCCAGGACUCGAAGCCAUCCACGCCCAGUGGCGAACACGAGGAGGAUCGCGAGAUCAUCUCGGUGGUAACCACCAAGAGCGUGGUCAACGGAUCCACUGUUCUCCCAGCGCCAGUUACCCCCAGCUCCAACUUGAUAACCGAGGAGGAGGAGAACGACGAGGAGGAUAUCGCCUCGCAUGCUGAUCUGAAGUUGGAAACCACAACUGCCAUCAACGCGGAGGAGGAGAAGGGCGGCAACGCCACCGAGAACUACGUGGUGGUGGCCUCCAUCCAACCCAGUCGCAGCAUCAACGGAGCCCGGUUCCUGCCCUUCCCGGCCAUCGAGCAGGAGGAGACCAAGCAGACGCUCUCCGAGCUGGAGCGCAAGGUGCACUCCAAGCAGCAGCAGACUCCGCCGCAGAAGCAGCCGGAGGGCAGUGAGGAGGUGUCCGCUCCCAGCAGCUCCUCCUCAUCCUCCUCCGUUCAGCCUCCGGUGGCCGCCUCCACGGAGAGCAUCAUCGACAAGCUGGACCGCGUGCAGUCGGAGCUCUCGAGCGGCCUGCUGUCCGGCAAGUACCCCAUCAUUAGCCAGAUGGACUCCUCCACGCCGGCGACCAGCACCACGGUGGGCACGGGACCAGGAAAGUUCGUACCGCACAUCAGGAAGUACCAGCCGAGGACCACCUCCGCCCCGAGAACCACCAGCAGUGGCACUAGCAGCAAGCUGAAGGUACAGCACUUCGACGAGACGGAGAUGGACGAGCUGGCCACCCUGCUCCCGGUGGGAUUCAAGCCCAGGCCGAGCUACAAGAACCGCAAGAUCACCACCACCACCUCGACCACGGAGGCUCCUCCCGCCGCUGAGGUGGCGAAGGCCAAGCCAGGACGCAACUCCACCAUCAGCCGGUCGUUCAAGAGCGGCCAGGUGACCGUGCAGGACGUGGCCCUGGCGGGACUCCUGCCCAAGGGCUACAAGCCACCGAAGACGACCACCACGACGAGCACCACCACGUCGAAGCCGGAGGAGAGCAGUCCGAAUCCCUCUGCGGGUCUGGAGAGCCUCUUCAGCCAGAUCCAGUUCGACGAUAAGUUGGCCUCCCUGCUGCCCAAGGACUACAAGCUGAGCAGCACUCCCAGGCCGGAGAACACCACCACCACCGCUAAUCCCUCGACCACGCAGAGGAACCUGCCAGUCGCCGUGCCCUUCGACGACCUGAGCACCUUCCAGCUUCCCCCCGGCUACAAGGCUCCCAAGGAGGAGAAGCAGCAGAAGGAGGAGGCAAAGGAGGAGCCCAAGCUGCCACCAGGAGUGACCGCCAUCAAGCUGGACGAGCUGAAGAACCUGCUGCCGCCCGGAUUCAAGCUGAACGAAACGGAGAGCGAGGGCAGCGACGAGAUCCCGGCCUCCCUGCUGCCGCCGGGCUACAAGGCCAAGAAGGUGCAUCCGGCCUCGACCACCAGCACCACCACCACGACCGCCAAGCCCAAGGUGGCUUCACCACCCAGCACCACCGAAGCAGCCGUCACGGAGAGUUCCGGGGGAAGUGGCCUGAAGGUUGUCUUCCCGAAGGGCUUCCACAAGCGGGUGGGCUCCCACCGCCUGACCACCCCGCAUCCCUCCGCCGACGGGGGAGGAGCCACCGAGUCCGGCAACUCGCCGCUGCAGGUGAUGAUCAAGAAGGGUCCGCCCACCCGGGCCACCACCGAGUUCACCGGCUGGCCCACUCCGCCCACCACGCCCCUCUCCAUCGACAAGCUGAGCGCGCAGACCAUCAACUUCGAGGACCUGCUCACCGCCAGCGGCACCAGCAGCACCACGAGCACCACCACCAGCACGACGAGCACCACCACGACGACCACUCCGCGACCCACCAAGCCGGGCCACUGCACCGCCGACUGCGACCUGGCCGCCACCAUCAAGAUCAUCGAUGGCGUGGCCUGGAAGCCGGAGCUCCUCGACCACAACACCCUCGAGUGGAAGAACCUCGCCCACGAGCUGGAGGCCCAGCUUAAUGAAGUCUAUUCCGGAGCUCCCCAGCUGAACAAGUGGUACAAGAAGGUGCGCAUCGACAGCUUCAGCAAGGGCAGCGUCCUGGUCGACUACUACGUGGAGCUGGCCAACAUCACCGAGGACGUGGACACCCUGGAGAUCAAGCAGCUCUUCCACGACGCCCUCACCAAGCCGGCGACUCUGGUGCUGCCCGACAAGGAUGCCCAGGAGAACGAGACGGACAGUGUCUCGGGUCCCCAGGAGGAGCAGCUGGUCACGGCCAGCUACCAGAUGGGCAAAUACAUCAUCGACCCCGUGGCCACGGAUUUCAGUGUCAUUGCCAAGAAUGUUCACACCAACGUGGAGUUUGCCGAGGAGGAUCUGCUCAUUCCGCAGUGGGCCAUCGUGGUGAUUGUGAUCGGAGUGGGUUCCCUGGUUUUCGUCGUCAUCUUUGGAGUCACAGUGCUACUGAAUCGCCAGAAGAGGGCCAAGAAGACGCCCAUUCCCCUGACCAACGACAUGCUGAACGAGCUGAAGGUCAACCACAUGGGUCGUGCGGACAACUACGGCGUGGACGACUUUUACAACAUCGACGAUCCCUGGAACGACACCAAGCAACCCAUUAAGCCGAAGCGCUUCACCAACUCGAUGCACGGCAGCAACAGCUCCAACAUCUACGACAGCUGGCGGUCCACCCGCCACCCGCACUCCAGCGGGGACUACUUCUACGACCAGCAGCCGACCUACUCGCAGAAGGGCGACUCGUUGAAGAGGCCGCAGCUCCACCACGGCAGCCACGGAGGAGGAGGCCACAGCCAGUAUCCCUCGCACCACCACCAGGGAUCGCAGCAGCAGCAGCAGCACAGCCAGCAGGGGUACGGCCACCAGUAUCCGGACGCCUUCGCCGACGCCCACCAGAUGUACAGCUACAACAACCACGCGAGUCGGACGCGCUACUCCCGCGACUACGAUCCCGACUUCUGAGCGGGCUCUCGUCGCUCCCUCCUGACUUAACUGGACUGGACUGGCCUGGACUGGACCAGCCGGAUCCAGCCGUGCACUAGCUUUAGUAACCCGCGAACGAUUUUGAGUUGUAACUUAAUAGCGUAAAGAAUCGUAGUUGUAAUGCUGCUAUAAUUUAUCGUAUGAACUGCCCGCUGGCUUGGCUCCAAAGUCGACCGCUUUUCACCAAGACCACAGCCAGCCGUAGCUAAACUAGGCUAAGCCUUCUACUUUCGUAUACCUUAUGGAGCUGCUAUAUAUAAUAUCUACACUUCCACUCGACGACGGAAAUGUUUCUUACUAGAAGUUUGGGCUCGAAUGCCCCGGAAAAUAAAUAGUCAUGCACUCUUAGUUAAUCCUAGGUCGUAUGUAAAACUAGAUUCACUACAUUGUAAACUUUGUAUUAUUUAAAGUACUGGCGGCUUGCUAUAAUACUAAUAAUGUCUCAGACUGAGACUAUCAGUAUAGACAAAUAAAUUCAAAAAUAUAUAUACGUAA